AUGCCAAAGCAAAAGAGGUACAAGAAUCUACUUAAAGCAGCAGCUACCAAUUCUUCACAAGACAAGUCAGUAGCAGCUGCAAAUUCCUCUCGGGACAAGUCGGCAGCAGCUGCAAAUUCCUCCCGGGACAAGUCAGCAGCUUCAAAUUCCUCCGGAGAUAAGUCGACAGCAGUUGCAAGUUCCUCUCGGGACAAUUCGGCAGCUUUAAAUUCUUCUGAGCCAUCAUCAGUUGCUCCAACUAUAUCUGAGCAUCCAUCCGAACCUAAACGUAAACGUGGGCGUGAAUCUAAGCAUUACUGGACUGUUGAUGCCAUAGAUGAAUUUGAAAAUAGUACACGCCUUCAUUUAUUAGUGAAGGAUGUGCAUAAUUUGCCAGAAGGUUUGUGCAUAGUUGUCAAUUUUGAUAGACAACAUGCAGCAAUAGGAGAAGCAGCCGGACUCCUUGCAGGAAUUUGUGGUCAAUUGGCCACUGAUUGUGUAGCAUUUCCAAUCAGUUUUGAUAAGUGGUCAAACAUUCCAGAGAGCUUUUUUGAAAAUCAAUGGAAUAUUUUUUCCAAGUAA